CUCUCGCACAUUCACCGAGCCUUCUUGUAUUUAUACACUCCUCCCUCUAUUCUCUCCUUAUCCUCCCCCCAUCUCUCUCUCGCAAAGACGAGCACAUUGUUCUUAUUUCUGUUCUACCUCUCUUUGCGAAGCUAGUAGUAGCUAGAUCUCUCUGCUUUUUUCUUAGAUCUUAAGAGUUAAAAAGCAUAGCAAUGGCAGUUUGUGCUUCAUUCAAGGCUUUUAUUGCCGUUUUGGCCGUUGCUUCUCUUAUUUUGGCUGUUGUCUCCCCUUCUGUUGAGGCCCAGUCUCCUGCUCCCGCCCCUGCACCUACCAGCGAUGGGACUUCAAUCGACCAAGGAAUCGCAUACCUGCUGAUGCUUGUGGCUCUGGUGCUCACAUACCUGAUUCACCCGCUGGAUGCUUCAUCCUACACUUUCUUUUGAAUUUUCUAGGACUUGUAGAGAUGGAUAGUGCUCACUUACCUGGUUUCAGAAGGAAUUUCUUAUGAGUGAUUGAUUGUGGUGGCGGCAUUGGUUAUCAAAAGAUUGAUUCAAUUUUAUUUUUUUCUCGAAGUUGCGUUUUUA